AUGCUGCUCAAAGCAAUUCAAGCAUUGGCGCUUUUGGCCACUAUCCUCUCAACCUUCUACGCUCAUUUUGCGAAUGGCUACCAUAUACCUAAGCCGGUUAUUCCUGGGCUCAAAAUACUUUCUAUUACCGCAUUUCCACUUCGGGACUACACAAUUACGGGCGUGCAAGUGAAUCCUAUACAGUCCCACACCGUGAAUAUCAGCUUCUGGAAUGUCACCGUUACCUAUACGCAUCCGGGCUGGGAUGACUUGAUUCAUGUGCAUGUUUGGGUCCCAUUGUCUGGAUGGAACAACCGGCUCCAGGCAGUUGGGGGAGGAGGAUGGGCAGGGCUUUUGGACUAUGGCACGCUAGCUCUGCCUGUCUAUCAAGGAUUUGCAGCUGCCGGGUCCGACAUGGGGCACGACAGGAACCCUUGGUCAGCAGAAUCAUGGGCUCUUGAAGAUGCCUCGGGCCACGUGAAUUUCGCUCAACUGAUUGAUUUCUUCUCAACCUGCCUCAACGAGCUGUCGCUCCUCGCUAAGUAUGUCAUACAGCAGAUCUAUGGUUUACCACCCGCCUACUCCUACUGGAAUGGCUGCUCGACUGGUGGGCGGCAGGGACUGGAGAUCGCCCAACGAUGGCCUGAUGCAUUCGACGGCAUAUUAGCGGGGGCGCCAACUAUAAAUUGGGCGCAAUUCGUCCCUGCAAACUACUGGCCAACGUUCGUCAUGAAUCAGCUAGGGGUCUACCCCUCCCCCUGCGUCAUGGAAAAGAUUACAGAUGCAGCAGUCGCUUCCUGCGACGGUCAGGACGGUGUUAUAGAUGGGAUCAUUGCUGUGCCGUCGCUUUGCAACUUUAAUCCUCUCAGUCUCAUAGGCAUGGAGGUUUGGUGUGAAUGUAUCCCUAGUAUAAUUACUGCGGAAGUGGCAUUACUUGCAGAGUCAUACUGGGCAGGUCUAACUGCUGAGGAUGGGACCCCUUUGUGGUACGGUUUCAACCAGGGUACGCCAUGGAACUAUACGAUCUGCACCUCCACCGAUGAUAUUGGGAAUCACCGAUGUCAUUCUUUGCCCGAUUACUUGAGCGUGGACUGGCUGCAACUUUUUGUUGCUCAAGAUCCUGAUUUAGACUUGGUUGAUAUGGAUCAAGCCGAUUUAGAGUCCCUCUUUCACCAAUCCGUCGCCGGAUACAAAGCAAUUACUGAUGCCAACAAUCCUGAUCUCUAUGACUUCAAGGAUAGAGGGGGGAAGAUUAUUCAUUGGCAUGGCUUAGCUGAUUGGCAGGUUCCCCCAAAUGGUUCUGUGGACUACUACAGAAGGGUCCAAUUGCGUGAUCCAUCAGUCCAAGACUUUUAUCUGUACUUUGAGGCGCCAGGAGUUGAACACUGCGGUCAUGGGAAAGGGCUUGCUCCAACUGGUUUGAUGGAGUCAUUGAUGGCAUGGGUUGAAGGUGGUGUAGCUCCUGAGUAUCUGCGAGCUGUAUCUAAGAAUGGUCGGAUGUCAAGGAUUCUCUGUCCCUAUCCUGCUAUUGCACAGUAUGUAGAAGGAGAUCCUACAGUGGCCUCAUCAUUUGUCUGUCAGUAG